AUGACGCUGAUUGAAGUGAGGCCAGAUAAGCUACCUUCGUUAGCUCCAUUUUUAAGUCAGGUGUGCCCCGGUUUUUCAUUUUUAGAUUAUAAUGUUCAUUAUUCUUUGAAAAAUGAAAAGGCACAUGAAAUGACAGUAGACUGGCCACUCAUGAUGGCACACAAAGCACAGUUAGAGGAGCAGUACCUCAAUAUUUCUCGUCCGCCAUUGAACCUUUCAUCAAAUGAAUCAACGACGUAUGUGUCGUUGCCAUAUCAUGUCACCAGUCUAUUCAAAAAGAUUGUAAAUCAUCGAGACAAACAUCAGCAAGGAGAAAUGCAAAUUGGAGCCAAUGUGAAUGCUUUAUCUAAAGAUCCCUUCAAUUACGUUCAAUUGAACCCAGGGUGUCUUUCUACUAUCGUCGAUUUAGGUCAACUAGAUAAGGCUGUAACGGGGUCAUACCAUGAGAAUGGUAAGAAUCCUUUUGCGAAAUUGACUAACAAUUUCAAUAGAUUUUUGAAAAUGUCAUCUAAUGGCCUGAGCGGUGGUAAUUAUCAUCAUCUCAUUGCGAGUCUAAAGCCCCAUCCAACUUCAAAGUCACAUUUGGUCGAAAAGGUGUUGGAAUAUAACCCAGACACUUAUACAAAUGAUUUGACUUCUUCGUCAAAACUUUUGAUUUCGUCACAUGUCAACAUUUUCAAUGUAAUAGCCAUUGAUUCAAACUCAAAUUGGAGGAAAACUACUGAAAUCUGUACUGAUAGGCCUAUUUACCCCUACGAGGAAUCUACUGCUGCGACUUCUUCGGCUGUGAACCAUAAAAAAGUAAUUGAAAAUACAUUAUUGAGGUUGCAAUUCAGAUCUAACUCUAUAAUUACCAGCAUUAAAGCAUUUGUUAACUUAACUGGUGAAACAAUUGCUAUACUUGGUCUCGAUUCAGGAGAAAUAUUCAUGAUAAAUUUAACGCAUUUAACAUAUAUAAGCUUUGAUGACUUUGGCCUAAUCGAAAUGAAAGAUAACUCUUCAUCAACUUCGUCAAUUUCAAAUUCAAGUAGCUCUGGUAAUGUUCCUGUCACAGCUAUUGACGUUAUAAGAGAUCCGAAGUUUGAUUUUUUGAUACUUGCUGGUUUAGCCAACGGUGAAGUAGUGAUUUUAAAUCCUUAUCCAACUCUAAAUGAGGAGAAAAGUAAAUCUAGAUAUGUGAAGAAAGUUGUUGCCAAAGAUGCCUAUAUAACAUAUUUUAAAAAGUUUGACUUAAGCUAUCACAGCAAGAACCCAACAGAAGAUGCUAAGGAUUUUCCUACCUAUUUAAUCGGGCAUUUCAAAAUAUCACAUAAACCAAUUACCUCAAUUACAACCACAAUACCUUAUAGAACGACAGUUACAUCCACCCAGCUGAAUCCUAUGUUAGUUGCUAUCGCUUCACAAGAUGGCUUUGUGAAGUUUUUAGAUUUAAUGGCGACUGCAAAGUUUGAGUAUGGCAACCCUGAAAAUCCAUUAAAUAAGUCGAUAGUGACCGAUAUCAUAUCAAAUUAUUUUAAUGAUGGAGUCUCUCAUGUGGAGUUUUCUCCUGAUUUUAGAUUCUUAAGUGUUGCCGGUAAGGGUGACUUGAUCGAAAUAUUUAAGAUGUCCUAUUACAAUGUUAGUGGACUCUUGAUCAAAAAUUCAGGUAAUAAUUAUCAGUCCAGCACUAAUCUUAGUGGCCUUACAAGAAGAUCAUUUAGUGAAACAGGGAAUAGUUCUAAUUUCAAUCAGUUUCUAUCUCCAUCAAGUACUUCGAUGUCCAAUCACCACUCGGCUUUGAAUAACUUAGGAAGUGGUUUUAAUAAGAAUGGGAGCAGUUCUAACUGCAAUUUGGACAACGACAAUGAACUUGGUAAUGAUACCAAUUAUGGUAACCCUUAUCCGUUAAUUAUCAAGGAUAUCAAGAUUGUAGGUAGGUUUAAAGGACAUACCAACACCGUCCACAAAGUAUCCUUUAUAGCAGAUGAAAAAAAUAAAAAUUCAACCGGAAAUCUAGUCUAUAAGCUAAUGAGCUGUGGUUUCGAUGGUAAAAUUAUCAUCUGGGAAUUUGAUUAUAAGGCAUUACCAAAAGUUAAAAAGUUACUUCCGAAUAAGAAGAAGACUGAGUCAGCGACACACAUCAAAAAAACAAGCAUUAGCUUAUCACCGAACUCUAAUUCUAUAAGCUCACCGAAAAGGACAUUGAGUCCUAGUCCGAAUAUAACCCUGAUCCAAAAUGUUCAUAGUCGAGGGUUAUCUAUAAGCAAUGAUGAUGUCACUCCGAAUCUUUCAAGUUUUGCAAAUUCCAAUUCGUUGAACAACAAUGGGAGCAUGAAUAUGACUACUAUUUUAAACUCCAUGUCUGGCAAUAAUUUCAAGAACUCUGUGAAUGAAGAAAUGGAGCAUAUGAAAGUUGUGGAUUCAUUGUAUAAAUCAUUGUACGAUUUAAGAAUUAGGAAACAGUUUGCGGCAACUGGAAGAAAGUUCGACGCUGUCAUACAUCCAGUAGUGAAUGAUAAGUUAGUACCAUCAAUUGAGAUACCCCUAUUAAGUUUGGAUCUAUCUUGCUUAGUAAGAGAUGGAAAAAUCGAAGGUUUUUAUUUCGAUAAUCUCAGCUUCUGGUGUUUUUCCAAAAGUGGAGAUAUAUUUAAAUAUCAUAUUAAAAAACUAUCUCCCCAUGAUUAA